UUUAUAAAAACCUUCGAAGGUUGAUACGAACGGUCGCAUUGUUUUCCGCCAGACAAGACAUCGUGAAAAAUAUUCGGCGCGCCAUUACUGUGUUUGUGCUUCCGAAAUAACUAAACGGACAAAUUAUAUUAAAUUUGUAUUAUUAUUGUUGCUCAAUCAAUCGUUCGAUAUUGCACUUGUGUGCCUCACACAGAAAAACAACACAAGAAACGCACUCACAAACACAUAUAUGUAUAUAUACAUAUAUAUAUAUAUAUAAACAUAUAUUUAUUUGCGCAACCCGAGCUCGUGUUUCACUCCUUUGUGAAAUCAUUUGACGAUUUGCGAUUAGUGUUUAGUGUAUGUUUGUGUGUACCAACAGCUAGCCGGCGGAUCAAUCAAGAUGUUUGGCGGCGCUAAACCCACAUUUGGCACGGGUGCCGGCACCACGGGCUUCGGCACAUUCAGCAACAGCGCAGCUGCAACGCCUUUUGGUCAAUCGGCGUUUGGAAAGCCAGCGACGCCAGCUUUUGGUGCCACUUCCGCUUUUGGCGCGCAGCCGACUCAACCGUCGAUGUUUGGCACUACGCCGGCAACAAAUCAACAAACUGCCGGCCUGUUCGGUGGUUCAACAACAACCAGCGCAUUUGGCGGCACAACCACAGCACCCACAUCAUUUGGAGCAUUUUCACAAGCUCCGCAAGCAUCCAACAUAUUUGGCUCCACACAGGCAGCUCCAAACACUUCGCUGUUUGGGCAGGCUGCUACCAGUGCCUUUGGCGCCGCAAAGCCCGCAACACUAGGCAUGAGUAGCUUUGGACAAACUCCGGCAGCACAGCCACUGUUUGGUCAGCAAACGACUGCUGCGAGCACUUCGGGCUUUGGUAGCUUUGGUCAGGCGGCGCCAACUACGACAAAUGUGUUUGGCAGUGGCGCUGCGUCGGCAUUUGGACAACCGCAGGCAGUGACCGUAGGAGCUGCGGGGGGUGUUAAUCCGGGCACCUCUCUGGUCAAAUAUCAGCCGACCAUUGGCACGGAUACGCUAAUGAAGGGUGGCCAGGCGAACAAUGUGAAUACCAAACAACAUUGCAUUACCGCAAUGAAAGAGUAUGAGGCUAAGUCACUGGAAGAGCUGCGCAUGGAGGACUAUCUGAGCUCACGCAAGGGGCCACAGGCCGGAAGUGCACCGGGUGCCUUUGGCUUUGGGAGUCCAGCUGCCGCUACGCAGCCGGCAGCUACCGGACUCUUUGGCUCACCGGCACAGCAACAGCAAACCACUGGCUUAUUUGGGCAAACAGGCACUGAAAACAAGAGCCUAUUCGGCAACUCAGCCUUUGGGCAGCCAGCAGCAACUAGCGCCUUUGGCGCACCAGCCCAACAGAACAAUUUCAUGCAGAAACCGUUUGGAGCUACCACGACCAACGCAUUUGGAGCAACAGCUACAGACGCUUCGAAUCCGUUUGGUGCCAAACCCGUGGGCUUUGGUCAACCCGGCGGCAGCAUGUUUGGCCAGGCGACUGCCACGAGUGCAGCUCCAGCCUUUGGACAAACAACGACAGGCUUUGGGGGCUUCGGCAGCACCGCUGGAGCCACCACCCAGGCAACUCCGCUAUUUGGAGCAGCAACUGGUAAUGAUCCGAAUAAAGCUGCCUUUGGCCUAGGCGCCUCGGUGUCGGCACCCAACAGUGGCUUUGGUGGCUUUGGUGCGCCGGCAACCAGCACAGCUGGCGGCGGCCUCUUUGGCUCCAAGCCGGCUACGAGCUUUGCAGCGCCUGCCUUUGGUGCCAGCUCCACAGCAAACACGGGCUUCGGAAACUUUUCAUUGAGCAACACUAAUGCGGGUACCGGAGGCGGCUUAUUUAACUCUAAUCUCAACAAGCCAGCAACCUCAGCGUUUGGUGGUUUCGGAUCCACCACGUCGGCGCCGCUCAACUUUAAUGCCGGCAACACAGGCGGUUCUCUCUUCAGCAAUGCUGGCAAGCCGGGUGGUCUUUUUGGCGGUACUUCUACCCUUGGCGCGGGCACUGGCGCGGCUGCCGGUGGUGGCAGUCUCUUUGGCACUAGUAACCAAGGUUGUUUCGGGUCGACAUUAGGCGGCGGCUUUGGCACUCUUGGCGGUGGCGGUAAUACGGGGCUCUCUGGAUUAGGUGGGCUGGGAGCGGCUCCAGCUGUUGUAAUGGUGCCUAUACACCAGCAGAUUUUAUCCAAGGUAACAUCUCCAUACGGUGAUACGCCUAUUUUUAAGGACUUGAAGCGCAACGAUGAAGUGGACGCCACACGUGCCACAAACCCCGCUGCUCAGCAGGCGAUGUUGGAUCUGAGCAGUAAUCAGUAUAAGGUGACCAAUAAAGACAGUCCAUCCAGCAUUCGUGUUAAGGCGCUGGGCACAUCAAAUAAUCGCAAAUCCAUGUUUGACGGCCUUGAAGAGUUCGAUGCCAGUGUGGAGGGCUUCAAUCUUAAGCCCAACGUCAAACGGCUAGUGAUAAAGCCCAAAGUGAAAACUCAGGGUCCAAUUGCAGGCGAGAGUAACAGUCCUGCCACUGGCAGUAGCAACAGCAACAACAACACCGCAAUAGUGGGCAUAGUGCGUCCGCAACGUGAAUCAUUCAAUGGUGUCAUAUCCAACGAGCCAACACAAAGCGGUAAUGCUCAUAGCUCACCAGGAAUUGUCAAAGCUGAUCAGGACAGCAGCCGACGUGAGUCGUGGCUGCAUCCCAAUAAUUUGGCCAAGGUGCGCCAGCAUAAUCUACAGUCGGGCAUAGAUCAGGCACCUUUAAAUAGCACCCUCACGGAAUUAGUGCCACGCAAGCCCUUGGAAACCUACAUAAAUGCAGCACCAACACGUCUGUCGGUGUCGACCAUACCGGAGAAUCCUUUUGAGGAUCAGGCCAGCAGCGUUUUGCGACGCGACACUUUCAACUCAGAGCAUGGAAAUGAUACUACACUCUCCAUACGUUCCCUCGACUCGGAGCAACGUUUGGCCAUAGAACCAACUUCGGAAGCAGAUGGAAAUGCUGACGCUGACCAAGAGCCCCAUCCAACGGGUAUUGUGCUCCGACGUGUGGGUUACUAUACCAUUCCUUCACUGGAGGAUCUCAAGUCGUAUCUGGCAGAGGAUGGGUCCUGCGUGGUGCCCAAUUUUACAGUUGGCCGCGAGGGUUACGGCAACGUUUACUUUGGCAAAGAGCUUGAUGUGGCCGGGCUUAACCUGGAUGAGAUUGUACAUUUUCGCAACAAAGAGGUCAUCGUAUAUCCCGAUGAUGACAAUAAGCCGUCGAUUGGCAAUGGCUUGAAUCGCGACGCUCAGGUGACAUUGGACCAGGUGUGGCCGUUGGACAAGACCAAACAUGAGGCCAUUAAGGAUCCGCAACGUUUGCUCGAAAUCGACUGGGAGGGCAAAUUGCGUAGAGUCUGUGAUAAGAAUGCAACGCGUUUCAUUGAGUACCGGCCAGAGACAGGCAGCUGGGUGUUCCGCGUCAAACAUUUCUCCAAGUAUGGUUUGAACGACAGUGAUGAGGACGAUGACGAAGUGCCCACGGAUCCUAAAAAAGCCAAAACAGUUGCCAUGGAUGCGCAACGCAUUGCUGCCGCUUCAACCGAUAAAAUGACUUUGACAUUGCUGCACAAGGCGCAACGGAUUUCGGAAGAGGCUGCACGCAGUAUAGAUCCAAAAUCGUUGGCCGCUGGAGUUGCCAGUGGUUUUCGCCCCAUGGACAACUCGUCGGAGUUCCUUAUGAUGGACAAGACUCAGUUCUUUCAGGCCGGCAGUGGUACGGAUUUAUCCAUGUUUGAUGCCCCACGUACUGUGACUAGCCCAACGGCCGCUCUGGCACAGGAUGUUGUAGGCAAAGAACCGCACAAAAUGCAAUUGAUGAAAUCAUCGCUGUUUGUAGAAGAUCAAGGCAGCGACGAAGAUAUAGACUCACAGCGAACGUGUAUUCAACCACAGUUGAAACGUUCACACAAUUUGUACACCCAAGACACACAUAUGUGGAAGGAUGCUCCAGUAUCGGAAAGCUCAAGUGAUUAUGGUCGUCAAUCACCUCUAUUAGCUGUGUCUUCAUCCGCUUCUGUUACCAGUAUAAUCCGCGACGUACAAUCGGAAGAGGCUUCAUCUGUGGCAGCUGAAAGUAUUAAACCAGCUCAAAAGAAGAGUCCUGCGACAUCUUUAAGUGGACUCAAGCCAUUCGAUUUUAUUAUAAAACCCAAAGUAGCGCCUAUUAAAGUAUGCGGCUUUUCGGUACCGUUGUCGCGUUCCAUAGCACGUGAUCUCCACGAACACUGGGUUGCAGAUCUGGGCUUCUAUAAAGGACGGGGCUUCAAGCUCAGCUUUGGACCUCAAAACACACUCAUGGUUCCAAACACGUUCAACAACUUACGCAGCGCUCAUGAAGUCAAUGAACAGGUGUUGCCUGCAGCGCUUGUGUUUGCGCCACGAGCCUCCAAUGACUUCUCACCGAAUCUGUUGCAGCGUGUAAAAUUCAACACCGUGGAUAUGUAUACACAUUUUGCUGAAAGCAUUGUGCCACACUUGACAGUGCAACUGCAAGACUGUACCUCAAAUCAGGUAGAAGGUAGCGGCUGUCCUUGGCUGCAGUCGAGCAACGGAACAGAACUGAUUGCGAAGCAUCUGGCUGAAGCCAUUAAGUUGAACAAUACCAGCAGCAUGGCUGACUAUGGCGUGUCCGUGUGGUCGCUUCUUUUUGCUCUGUGGGGAGAGCAUGAAGAGCUCAUUGGACAGGAUGUCAACUCACACUAUGUGAUCAUGUGUCGGCGCAAUCUGCUAUCGGAGUGGCUGGAAAAUACGCUGGUUAGCAAGGACCUGUUAUCAAAGAAGGUCAGCAGCAAUAGCUAUCUGGAGCACAUGAUCGAUUUGUUAAGCUGUCAUCGUGUAACCGAAGCUUGUGAAUUAGCGUUUAAAUACGAUGAUGCGAAUUUGGCUUUGAUCCUGGCACAGCUGAGCUCAGGAGCUGUGGUGCGUCUACUCUUAGAAGAGCAGCUCUUUGCCUGGCAGCAAAGCAAAUCCGAUAAAUAUAUCAGCCUGGAGCGUAUUAAAAUGUUCAUGUUGGCCGCAGGCGUGCCAUUAAUGACGUCCUCACAUGGCCCCAUUAAUCUGCUUGAGGACGGUAACUGGUUGAACGUUUUGGCACUGCAGCUAUGGUACUUUACUGCGCCCACGUCUACCAUAACAGAUGCCCUGCUGGAGUACGACAAUGCCUUCCAAGCCGAGGAGCUCUACGCGAAUGAGCCAAAGCCCAGUUACAAUAAAGUCCCCUACAAGAGCAAGAAGCCUGUAUAUGAUCUACGCUAUCACCUGCUACAGCUCUUCUCAAAGCGUAAGCAUUCCCUGGAGCAAACAUUGAACCCAAUUACACAUACAUCCGAUCCGAUGGACUUUCGCCUUAGCUGGAUGCUGCUGCAAACUUUGGAAGCUCUAGGCUAUCAUCAUUGCAACUCAUUGACAGAGGCGCAGCUGCACGUGGACUUUGCCAGCCAGCUGGAGAAUGAGGGCUUGUGGCAAUGGGCAAUAUUUGUGCAGUUGCAUAUCAAGGAUCGUAAUCAGCGCGAACGUGCUGUGCAGCACACACUACAGCAGCAUGUCACCAUAGACACUCAUGUGGAACUGAGCGAAGAAGAGCAGUUUAUCAUUCAGCAGCUUGGUGUACCCGAGUCUUGGGUGGACUAUGCCAAAGCGUUGAAAGCGGGAGCCCAGGGUCAGCGCCACAUGCAAGCAAAGUAUUUACUAAAGGCCAAACAUUGGGUGCUGGCCCACGAAAUCAUAUAUCAAUAUAUUGCACCAGAUGCCGUUAUAAACAGUAAUUUGCAGUAUUUGUAUAAUCUGUUGAGUCAAUUUGAGUGUGCGGACAGCAACAACGUCAAGGUACCAAAUUGGACAAAUCAGGGUCAAAUAUUUCUGGAUUACAUUGACAUCAAUGAAAAGUUCAAGCAUAUACACAACGUCAAUAGCGUGGAGGAUAUACAAGCACGUUGGGAAAAUCUGAAGCCGCAGCUUAGUGAGAUUUGCUCACGUAUCAGCCUGCUCCCAUGUCCCACAUCCAAGCAUCGUCUCUGCCAAAGCGAAAUAGCAAAGAGCUUAAGUUGCCUGGUGAAUGGCAUGUGCAUCGUCUGUCCUGAACUGGAGCCAUGCGUUGUACUAAAAAUGGCUUUAGAACGCUUGCCCAUGCCCCAAGAGUUUUCCACCAAAGAGCUGAACAAUCUGCUCGAUGAGCUGAUGUACAAGAUACAGAGCCAAGGGCCCUUCACAGGAUCAGAGCCAGCGCCACUCCGCACCACCGAGCGCAUAAUGAUGCAAACCUAAAUAAUAUGGAAAUAUUCAUAGCUAUCUAAGCAGGGAAAACUAAAAAACAGACGAUAUAUAGAUUAGCCAACCAACCACUUCAAUUAGAUGUAUUAAUAUAUAUAUAUAGAUAUACGUAUACAAAUGUGCAUGCAGUUAACUGUUAUGACCAAACAAACAUAAGUAAUAAUUUAAAAGAGAAAGAAAAAAGAAAACUUGUAAAAUACGUAACGUUUCGUUACAAACAUAAACUAUUAAUUCCCACUUGAUAUGUUGU